AUGACUCCUCCCACUCCCACCAGUGAUGAUCCUUUUAACAACAAGAGAUAUAUUGGAAUGAAGAGUAUCUGGAGUAACGUAAAGAAAGGCGCAGUCGGACAGGAUCCAAAUCAAAAAAAUUGGGCGGCUCAACAAAUCAAAUUGGAUUCAAGUUUCGCGGCACUACCACCUCCAUCUCGAGACUCAAUAUCAGCUUCCAAAAACUCAUGUUUCUCUGAUCUUACCAACUAUAUCCCUGCAGGAUCAAUUCGAAUACAUAAGCACGGGUGUUCGCUCUUGACGGAAGAAGUUUUUACGUGUCGAAGUUGGCAUGCUUUUUACCUUCCUUCCGAUAUCACCAACUUCCAACAAAGUAUCUUGUAUCUACCAAAUACUGUACAAGGUCAAUUGCUUCGUUCCGCUGCCCUUGCUGAGUACACUGGAAUACACAAUGCUGGUUGGAUCAGAAUGGAGUUCAAGGCAAAAGACAAGAAUACUGGUCAAGUAAGGGUCUAUAUACUACCAGAUGAUAUUGGAAAUGCUGUAUUAGAUCGUUCGAUGAAGCAACUUCGUAAGGGCAUGGAGGCCUUACUAGACAAGUUAGACGUUUCAAAUGCGGCUUGGCAAGGAACAUGGUCAGAUGACACACCAAUUCAGCACAUCAACUCUGAGUUGGAUGACAAAGAAUUUACAGAUGUCGUCUCGCUCUUUGACAUGUUUAACAAUCUACCAUCUCCAAAACCAGACCCAGGGGUGAUCGUUGGAGAUCGUUAUGUACAAGAUGCGAUGAGAUCUCUCCUGACAGGUAAUGUCCAGGGGCUGAAUCCAGAUACUCAAAUGCAUCCAUAUCAAUGUCAAACGGCUGCUAUGAUGUUGCAGCGGGAAACACAGCCAGGAUACAUUAUGGAUCCACGUCUUCGAAGAAUACAAGAUCAGUAUGGACAGAGCUUUUACUGUGAUUUGAGUGCGAACGUUUGUUUGAGGGAGCCACGCCUUUACGAAGCUCCAAGGGGUGGAAUAUGCGCAGAAGAUAUGGGUCUAGGAAAGACUCUAAUCUGCUUAGCUCUGAUCCUAUCAACAAAAUAUUUGAGACCUCAAAUGCCAGAUGAGCACUCCAUUGACUCUAUUCCCACGCGAAAAGAGACGGGUUCUCUUCUCGAUAUGUGCGCUUCGACCGUCGGCAGACAAGGAAUUCCGUGGGAGAUAGUCCUUGGAAAGAUGGAGUCCGAAGGAGAACUUGGAUUCAGCCAAAUGCAUGCCGCCUUAACUAGAGGAAUUGGCUACUAUUGGUAUGAGCCUGACCCACCAGCUCGCGAGACACGUCGUCCAAUAGCCUCAACUAAGAAGAAGAUUUGGCUCGCAAAGUCUACACUUGUAGUUGUUCCACCCAACUUGGUGCACCAAUGGAUACAAGAGAUCGAGAAACAUACCACCAGCUUGAGUUAUUUGGUUAUAAAUGAUAUGAAAAUUCAAGUACCUGCCGCCCAUGAGUUGGCAAAGUACGACAUCAUUUUAUUUGGCAGAAGGAGAUUUGAAAGGGAGGCUACAGAGGAGACUUUGACAUGCCCACAGAGCACCAUUACCUGCGAGCACUGUUUUGGAAGGCCGGAAGCUUUUAACUGCGCUUGCGAGAUAUCUACAGAAAAUGCACCGGCAGAAGCCUUUAAAUAUCGUUCUCCACUUCGAGAUCUCCAUUUCAAGCGCCUGAUCACUGAUGAAGGACAUGGCUUCGGGAAUGUAACGAAAAGCGGACAGUCAAAUGCGAUAAUCAUGGUUGACUUCUUGCACCUUGAUGCGCGUUGGAUUAUUUCUGGAACUCCGACGAACGGGCUUCAUGGAAAAGACGACGAAUUUUCGAGGGCUUGUGAGCUCAGAAAUAAUGACACGAAGUUUUUCGGUCCAGAAAAUGCCAAGACGCCCCUAGAGAAAAGCUGCACUAACUCAAAAGGAGUGUCGAUUAUGCAAGAGACUAAGGACCUUGAGAAGCUUGGAAAUAUAUUGAAGUCAUAUCUUAAAGCUCGACCAUGGGCAAACACGGCUGUGGUAGGUGAUCAAGCAUCUUGGCUAGAUCUAGUCAUCAAACCACGAUAUAAUCAACAGAUCCAUGGCGAUCCGGGAAUUCUUAAGUCUACUUUGAAAAGUAUGAUCAUCCGACAUACAGCAAGAGACAUUACGGGUCAACUUAGACUUCCCCCAUUAAACAAGAAAAUCGUUUCCCUCGAAGGAUGUUUUCAGGAUAAGUUGUCGUUGAAUAUAUUUUCGAUGAUGAUUACCAUAAAUGCUGUUACCUCGGAAAGAGAAGGUGUAGACUAUUUCUUCCAUCCGAAAAAUAGGAGAGCGCUUCUUACUUUGUUUUCAAACUUACGACAAGCUUCUUUCACUUGGUCAGGUUACACCAAGGCAAUGAUUGAAAACUCGCUUCAAACCGCAGAGAAGUUCCUUGCAAAGGAUGACAUCAAUCCUGAAGACAAAAAGCUUUUGCAAGAAGCGAUUCGAGCUGGAAAGCUAGCCCUUUCGAAUGGCAUAUUCACAGCCGUUAGUCAACUACAUGAAAUGGCCAUGUAUGUACAGAAUCCUCUACCGGAAGAAAUCAGGCGUGCGUGGGCACUUGACUACCAUGAUGGGAAUCCAACCUUGAUGGGCGCUAGUAUGAUAUGUGCUGCCAAAGAGGUGUUUUAUACGUAUCGUCGUGGUAGCCUCGUCGAUCCAUCCGAAUCUGUCUUUGAUACAACUAAACUCACCAACUUUGGAGAGAAUUUGAUGCGCAGGAUUGCAGUAAACGCUGAUAUAGACCAUGUCGAAUUCAGAACAGCACAAGCACACUUUACAGAUCACAGACCGAGUGCAAGGCCCGAAAUCUCAACUUCAGUGAAGAACCCCAUGUGGAGAGAGUCUACUAUCAUAUCCACAGCUUCAUCUAAACUCUCAUAUCUCAUGGACCAGAUUUUCCUUCACCAUGAAAAUGAGAAGAUAAUUGUAUUUUACGAGGCCGAACACGUGGGAUAUUACAUUGCGCAGGCAUUGAAAUGUGUAAACAUCGAGCAUUUAGUAUACACCAAGAGAGAUUCAACCUCUGAGCGUUCAAAAUGUGUUGUAAAGUUCAACUCCGUCGCUGGAUUCCGUGUUAUGCUCAUGGAUGUGAAUCAAGCCGCGUUUGGUUUGGAUAUGAGCGCAGCAUCAAGAAUAUACUUCGUCAACCCAGUAUUCUCACCACAAGUUGAGGCACAAGCUAUCAAGAGAUCUCACCGCAUCGGUCAGCUCCGCCCUGUACACGUCGAGACUUUGGUUUUGAACGGAAGUAUUGAGGAGGUGAUCUUGACAAGACGAAGCACAAUGAACGGCGAAGAGCACGCGCAUCUGAAGAAUAUCCUCGACGACCGAAAGAUAUAUGACUGGAUCAAAAAUGUUCGAUUCUACCCUAUUGCGAGUAGUGAAUUACCAGGUCCAGAACAAUUUGCUCCUCUUUCUUACCCGCAACAUGCGUUUGAAAAGCGUAACAGCUCUCUGAUUGAUGCAUAUAAGGAUGUGGUCCCUACGACGGAAUCAGGAACUCUUGAGCCCGUUCCAGCCCAAUUGACGGAAAGCAGACACUCAGUUUCAGGCGGUGAAACUACUCGUAAUGUGGUUCGAUUAGGCAAUUUAAGCCAUACCUUAGGGUAUGAGAUUUCAAAUUUCAUUCUUGCAACUUAUAAGAGAGGACUUCGGGAGCGGAUUCAUGAACAAGAACUGGGACUAGGUCGCUGGAUUGAUGGUUUAAUGCUUUCGCAUCAGAUUGUUAAUGCCUCUACUAGUGGUGAGGCUGGAUCAUCCUAUUCUGCUCGCGGCGUUGGCUUUGCUACGAGAAGUCAAUCCGGAUUAACUACAGAGACCGGACAGCCUCUUCUCGAAGAUGAGGAAACAGAUGAGAAUGAUCAAAAGAACGAAGAACAUCAUCCAGAAUCUCUCCGCACAAAGCCCAUCAAGACAAGAUCGGCUGGAAAUGAUCGACAUAAUGAGUUUACCCCAUCGGAAGUCUCGAGAGAAUUGGCUGAGACAGAAGUACAAGAAGAUGGCAAAGAGGAAACCGAAAAAUAUAAAGAAGAGCAAGGCGAAGAGCGUGGGACCAUGCAAGGAAUUGAGGCGAAAUACACGUCAAAUCAUUCACGAAGACAUGAAACCCAGAGCCAUAGCCCUGCUCAAACACUCAACUUAGAGGAUAGAAUAAAAGAAAUGGUGGAAAAAACAGCUAUCAUACAACGCAAGGCUACUCAGCCCAGUGCUAGUAUAUUCGGUGGUAUUGGACCAUCUGCUCCUGCACCAUCAGUUUGGGAAACCCUAGAAUUUGGACAAAUUACCAGUGAAAAAACAACGAGUGCACCAUCGAAUACUUCAAUGAAAAUGAAUGAACCUCCAAAUGAGGAACUGGCGGCGGAGAAGGCAGAACCCUUCGAAAAUGAAAAAGAUGAAGACAUGGAGGACAAAGAGGUUGCAGAUGAUGCGGAAGAUGAGGCUACAAAUGCGGAGUCCGAUGCUUCCCAGGGAAACUUGUAUGAUGCAUAA